UCACGCACACACCACUGAAGAUAUCUGCAUCAGUAGCAGUAGACAAGUCUCACCAACGGCUGACUUCGAGACUGAAACUUCUAGCUUCAUCUUCGCAGUCAACGCACACACCACUGAAGAUAUCUGCAUCAGUAGCAGUAGAUACGUUUGGUACUACAAGUUCCUAUCGACUACAGUCUACCAGCCCUGAUUAUGGUGUCUCUAGUUAUUUUCAAUUCCAGAAUAAGAAUUUAAAAAAAAAGCAUUGCAUUUCAGGUCUUCAGGGUAUUCCACUGGACUCCGGGGAAAACAGAUCUCUUCCAAUCGAUAUGCCCACUAUGGGAGAGAGAUUUCAGGAAUUGGGCUACAAAACCCAUAUGGUAGGAAAAUGGCAUCUGGGGGCAGCAUGCAAAGAAGUCACCCCGACAAAGAGAGGUUUUGACACUCACUUCGGUUAUUGGAAUGGUUAUGUGGGCUACUUUGAUUAUAAAAUAUCAACGCCCAUUAAUGAUACGCAUAACUUCACCGGAUUCGAUCUGCACAAUGAGUUCAAACCAGAGUGGGGACUAAUAGGACAGUAUGCCACUGAACUCUUCACAAAAAAAUCUUUGGAAGUGAUAGAUAAACAUGACACUGAUAAACCUCUAUUUUUGAUGAUUAAUCAUCUUGCCGGUCACGCCGGACAUGAUGGGGUAGAACUGGGAGUACCUAAUGUAACUGAAGCAAACAAGAAAUAUGGAUAUAUCAAGACUCCAGAACGACGGUUAUUAGCAGAUAUCGUCAAUCACUUGGACCGAUCAGUUGGAGAAGUAAUCACAAAGAUGUCUGAAAAGAAAAUGCUUGAUAACUCCAUUAUAAUUUUCUUUUCUGACAAUGGAGCCCAGACCACAGGAAAAUAUCAAAACUUUGCAUCCGGAUGGCCUUUUAGAGGGGUAAAUCAACAAUAACAAAAGAGUGUACCAAUGAACUAUUUCUGCUACUAAA